AUGGGAAUCAAAGACAUGAUCCGCCCGGGCCUUGGGCGCAAGCAGAACGACAAUGCUCCUGCCGACGUCAUCCUACCGGCUGGUAAUACUGACAAUGAGGCUACCGCCGGGGCUACCGCCGAGCCGAACGCCGACGAGAAGCCCGACGAGGAUGUCGUCCCCAGUGAGGAUGUCCAGCACGGUGUACAGGACAUGGAAGCCGUGACGCUCAGCUGGUCCAAGAAAUCACUGUACCUCACCAGCAUCUGGUUGAUCUACCUGUUCAAUGCAUUCCAGACCACCAUCCUCGGCGUCUUAACUCCCUACGUGACAAGCGACUUCCAGUCACACUCGCUCCUGACGGUCAUCAGCGUGGUUUCCAGCAGCAUGUCGGCUGCCGUCUUCAUUCCACUGGCCAAGAUCCUGGAUCUCUGGGGGCGAGCCGAGGGAUUUGCCCUCAUGGUUCUCAUGUCCACUCUGGGCCUCAUCCUUAUGGCUGUCAGCAAGAACUUGGAAACUUUCUGUGCCGCAAAUGUCUUUUAUUCUGUCGGCUUCACCGGUCUGAUCUACACCAUCGAUGUCGUCACCGCGGAUGCGACCAACCUCCGGAACCGUGCCUUGGCGUACGCUUUUACCUCGUCUCCCUACAUGAUCACGACCUUUGCCGGCUCCGCUGCUGCUCAGUCUAUACUUGAUACCAUCAACUGGCCGUGGGGUUUCGGCAUCUUUGCCAUCCUGCUGCCUUUCGUUGCGGCGCCCUUGUUCAUCCUUCUCAAGACCAACAUCCGCAAAGCUCAACAGCAGGGUCGCCUGGUGAGGGAGAAGAGCGGGCGAACUCUGGUUCAGAGUAUCGUACACUACGUGAUCGAGUUUGACGCAAUUGGCGUCUUCCUCUUCGCCGCCGGCCUGGUCAUCUUCCUGCUGCCCUUUAACAUUGCCAGUAACGCCCCCAACGGUUGGAGCACUGGCUACAUCAUCGCCAUGAUUGUUGUCGGAUUCGUGCUGCUCGUCGCCUUCGCCAUCAAUGAACUCCUCAUCGCCCCUGUACCGUUUCUGAAGUUCGGCUUCCUGACGGACCGCACCGUCGUGGGCGCCUGCAUGCUGGACCUGACCUACCAGAUCUCGUACUACUGCUGGAACUACUACUUCACAUCCUUCCUGCAGGUGGUCAACUACCUCAGCCCUGCCGAGGCCGGCUACGUCACCAACACCUUCAACGUGGUCUCGGGCGUGCUGCUGUUCAUCGUCGGCUACGGCAUCCGCCGCACGGGCUACUUCAAGUGGCUGCUGUGGGUCGGCGUGCCGCUCUACAUCUUCGCCCAGGGCCUCAUGAUCUACUUCCGCCAGCCCACCGGCUACAUCGGCUACCUGGUCAUGUGCCAGAUCUUCAUCUCCAUCGGCGGCAGCGUCUUCAUCAUCUGCAUGCAGCUCGCCGUGCUCGCGGCCGUCGACCACCAGUACGUCGCCGCCGCCUUGGCCCUGCUCAACGUCACCGGCACGGCGGGUGGCGCCAUCGGCGGCGCCAUCUCGGGCGCCAUCUGGACCAACACCUUUGAGGCCGCGCUGGCUAGGUACCUCCCCGAGUCUGCACAGGGCGACAUCGACUCCAUCUAUGGCGGCUUGGACGUCCAGCUGAGCUACCCGCAGGGCUCCCCCGAGCGCUUGGGUAUUCAGCAGGCGUAUGCUUACUCGCAGACCCGCAUGCUCGCUGCUGGCACUGGUAUCAUGGCCCUUGGCUUUAUCUGGGUCUUUAUCAUGAGGAACCUGAACGUUGCCAACAUGAAACAGACCAAGGGUAUGGUCUUCUAA